CUCUAGCAGACACCAGGACAACAUCCUCCGUCCAGGCAUUUCUCUCUCUCUCUCCUCCUAACCUUAAAGACGCUUUCUAGCAUUUGCUUUUGCCUAGUCUCUGGAAAACAUCUGAAUCAUUUUAACCAACUCCAGCUGUCGCCCUGGUGUGGGUGUGUGAGAAAGUGCAUGGCCGUCUGUGAAUGAGAGGAGACUCGAGCGAGGGUGACGUUUAGAUUUACAGAAAAAAAGUUAGGAUAUUUGCCUCUGUUUUUUGUCGGUAUGAACGCAGAUACGUGCGUCUCAUACUGCGAUAUGACCUCCAUGGAUUCAUAUUAUUCGUCAUCAUCAGGACAAGGAAGAGUCCAACAGGCCAGUCCUUACAGGACGUUCCAGCCGAGCGACUCCAAAUACAGUCCCACUUUCCUGCCCGCCAAAGGUCAAACUUACGGGGACAAGCCGCGGAGUCCUUUCCACCAAGAAUGCCCGUCACUGGAUGAUAGCACGCCCGAGAGCGUCUACAGCAAGUACCAUCUUUUCAUGCAGAGACCCACAUGCAAAACUCCUCCUGAAGACAGCAAACUGGAGGACGGCGCGCUCAUCUCAUGCUAUGGUAAAGAUGGCACUGGACUGACAGACACAGAGAUGCCUCAAUCUGCUGAUCCCACAGGUAUUGAUGGUAGUUACAUCAAUGUUAAAGAGCCCGGGGUCAAAGGUCAAACAGAACGGUCUGUCUCUGAGCUUGGCAGUCCUAUGGACAAGAGUGAGCCUGAGAGCAACAAAGGCAAGAAGAGACGAAACCGCACCACCUUCACCAGCUAUCAGCUGGAAGAGCUGGAGAAGGUUUUCCAGAAGACACAUUAUCCAGAUGUCUACGCUCGAGAACAACUAGCACUCAGGACAGAUCUCACAGAAGCAAGGGUGCAGGUGUGGUUUCAGAAUCGCCGGGCCAAAUGGAGAAAAAGAGAACGCUUUGGUCAGAUGCAGCAGGUUCGGACACACUUCUCAACGGCAUAUGAGCUUCCUCUUCUUACACGACCAGAAAAUUAUGCACAGAUUCAGAACCCAUCUUGGCUAAGUGGCAGCAGUGCAGCCUCACCAGUGCCAGGCUGUGUGGUACCUUGCGAUACUGUAGCUUCCUGCAUGACCCCUCACCCUCACUCUGCCAGUGGUAUGUCUGAUUUCCUCGGUAUGCCAAGUCCGGGUGGGAACAUGGGACAGACACACAUGGGCAGUCUUUUUGGCACCUCGGGAGUGGGUGGAACCAUUAAUGGAUUUGAUCUCAGCGUCGAACCAGAUCGCAAAUCCUCCAGCAUCGCCAGCCUGCGUAUGAAAGCAAAAGAGCACAGCGCUGCAAUCACAUGGGCCACAUGAUGCCUUCAUCUGGGACACAGAAGACCAGACAACCUCAGCCCUAAGCUGUCAGCACUAAUGAGGUGAAAGUUUAUGCCAUCUGGAGCCAAUAUGACCAUGAGAAAUGGAGGCUAGAAGCUUUAAAACAUUUGUAGGAGAUUUCAUUUUGAAGUUUUUUAGAGGAAGUGGAUUGUGCAGUGAGACUUUGAGCUUGAAUGUGUGGAAACCAAAGAGCCAGUUUUGAAAUGGAGACUGUUUUAUGAAUAUACGGACUUCCCGUGUAUUACCCAAAAACUGAAAAAAUGUAUGCACUAUUUUUCCUUAUCAGUUACCAGACAUAUACACUAUUAUUCAAUAGUUUGGGGUCAGUGGGAUUUUUUUUUUUUUUUUUUUUUUUGAAAAAAGGCUGCAUUUAUUGGGUCAUUAAUAUAGUAAAAUAGAGUAAUAUAGUGAAAUAUAAUUGAAAUUGAACAUAACUGUUUUCUAUUUUAAUCGUUUUUUUUAAUCCUAUGAUGGCAAAGGUGAAUUUGCAGCAGCCAUUAGUCUUUAGUGUCACAUGAUCCUUCAGAGAUCUUGACUAAUUGGCUAAUUUGGUGCUCAGGAAACUUAUUAUUAAUGAUGAAAGCAGUUGUGCUGCUUGAUAUUUUUGUAGAAACUGUGUUACAUUUUUUUCAGGAUUCUUUGAUGAAUACAAAGUUCAAAAGAACAGAAUUUAUUUGAAAUAUAUAUAUAUAUAUAUAUAUAUAUAUAUAUAUAUAUAUAUUAUAACAUUAGAAAUGUCUUUACUGUCACUUUUGAUAAAUUGAAUGGAUCCUUGCUGAAUAAAAGUUUUUUUUUUUAAAUAUCUUACUGAUCCCAAACUUUACAGUAGUGUAGGAAUAAAAUUGGUUUUACAGGAGGUUAUGGAAUAAAUAAUGUCAGUAGUGAAUCCUAGAGGGAUAGUUUAUCCAAAGAAAACACAAAAAAUACAUUCUGAAAAUGUCUUUGUGUGUUUUUUUGUUUUGUUUUUUUACAGUGAAAGUUAGUGGGGUCCAAUGUUGCUGUUUUGGGUCAAUAUAUUUGUAUGGACAAUAACAUAGAAACACACAUGAGACAUCAUAUAGGUUUGAAAUUACAAAAUAAUGUGUGAGUGAUAACAGAAAUGUCAUUUUUGGGUGAAAAAUCCUUUUAAAAUAAGUCGUAAAUAGUCACAGCACAGCAGUAGAAGUGCUCCACAUAGAGCAAAUUUGCACUUAGCUUCAUGAAAGCCUGCUAAACCAAAAUGUUUGACAUUUUAUCUAAAUUAUUUGAAUUAAAUACCUGAGCAGGACACACUGUCAGUGCUUGGUUUUAGUAAGGCUUAAGAAGAUGUCUCUGGCAUCAGUUCUUAUGCACAAGGCUUAAACUGUUCACUAUGGGCUAGAAUAUAGAAGCAUAAUAAAACAUAAGAAGAACAAGUGUUUCCCAUUCAAUCUGAGACAUACUGCAGGGAGCAGAUUUCUGCACCAGCCAAACAGCACACCUAAUAGAUCCAGACGGGGUGAUAGCUACUCUAUAUAAGCCAAAGAAACAUCAGGUUUUGUCCUCUUCAUUCUUGAUGUGCCGAACAUUCAGAUUCCUAGAGCUCAAGCCCCAAAAAUACUCUUUUUAAUCACAGCCACAUUCUCUAAAGCAGAGGUAACAGCACAUUGUUUCCAGAUAAAUGCUGGAAUGUUAUGUUUGUUUUGUGUUAGAGGGAAACAACUCUAUCAGCUGGAACAUAAGCCUAACUUCAUUAAUUUCCUGGCUCUCGCACCAGCAUAGGUCUAGUUUCUCCUGCUGCAGGGUGGGUCACCAUUCAAAACCUCUGCUUUUUCUCAACAUUCUGAUUAUCGUGAAGUGUGAGAAGAGACACUAGGUUUGGCGCCAUUAGGGUUCCCUAGCCAAUAAUGUGCUGCAGAAAGAUUUUUUAUUAGAUGUUGACAAAAGUAAAUUCAAGUCACAGUCUCAGUCACAGUUGGCAUAGAAGACAAACACAGCAGGGAAGUAAACAAUAAAUAUUAAAGGCAUAGUUCACCCAAAACUGAAAAUUCUGUCAUUAAUUAUUCAUCCUCAUGUAUUUCCAAACCGUAAGACCUUUGUUUAUUGUCGGAAAACAAAUUAAGAUAAUUUUGAUGAAAUACCAGAGCUUUCUGACCCCCGCAUAGAUAAAUAAAACAUUCUGACGUUGUUAAAUCAGUGGUUCAACCGUAAUUUUAUGAAGCUACAGGUUUGGAACAACAUGAAGGUGAGUAAUAAUGACAAAAUUUUAAUUUUUGGCUGAAUAGAUUAUGGUUUAGCUACACUGUGUGACUUUUAGUUCAAAAUUAACAAAAUUUACAUAAGCGUGUACAAACCGUCAUCCGUUAUGGUAACCCUGGUGAAAAAAACAGCAUAUGCUGGUAGGUAUGUUUUGAUGCUGGGAUGCUGGUUAGGUAGGUUUUGAUGCUGGUUUAAGAUGGUCCUUUGCUGGUUUAUGCUGGUCCUUGACCAGCAACAUGACCAGCAAAAAC